GAUAACGUCCCAGAGAGUCCAGCCAUUUUGAACUGGGAGAAGAAGAGGGUGUGAAGAAAUCGAUUGCAAAAGGGUUAAUCUCUUUCUUCAUUUCCUGCAUUUUCAUAUACUCAUCAACACCGUUUAUCAGCUUGACUUUAAUUUCUUUCCUCACUUCAUAUGAAGUUUCUCGUUUUCUCAAAAUUUUGGAGAUAAGGGAACUGUUUAUUUGUCAUUUUCUUCGCGAAAUUGUUCAAUUCAUGGCUGUGCUGAUAAAAUCAGCACCUCCAUUAACAAACCUAUCGUCAGAUCUCGCAAGAAAACCUUGUGAAUUCUUGUCCGAAAGGCCUAAAUUUUAUGAUUCAUUGCUCCAUAAGAAGAACCCUAAUAGAGUAUUAGCCAUUGCCUAUACCCGUGUGAGUAAUGCUUCUGUGGUUCAGAGCGACAUAGCUGUAAAAAAUAGCGUUUUUCGCCUGCCUAGCUGGAGGUCUUCCGGUAAUAAUCAAAGAAUCAGAGAACUUAAGCUACAGGAUGCAGCUAUCUAUUUAGAGGAUAUGGUAGAGAAGGGUUAUAAGCCUGAUUUAACUCAGGCUACUGACCUGGUUUAUGCUCUUUGCCAGCACAAUAAGCUCGGGAAAGCGAGCAGAGUUAUAGAAAUGAUGAUUAGGUCUGGGAGUAUACCGGAUGCGCAUUCUUUCACUCUCUUGGUGAAUUUCUUGUGCAAGAAAGGAAAUGUCAGCCACGCGAUGCAAUUAGUCGAAAAGAUGGAGGAGAAAGGAUACGCUGUGGAUAAUGUGACCUAUAAUUGUCUUCUAAGAGGGCUUUGUAAGCGGGGAAAGUUGACUUUGAGCCUUCAGUUUAUAGAUAGGUUGAUGGAAAAAGGAUUGGUCCCUGAUUCGUAUACUUAUACGGUCUGGCUUCAAGCUACUUAUAUGGAGAAGGGGGUUGAUGAGGCUAUGGUUCUCUUGGAAAACAUAGUUGCCAAUGGUGGCAAACCUAGUCUGGCGAAUUAUAAUGUUUUGUUGACAGGGCUGUGCAAGGAAGGAAGAGUCGAUGAAGCUAUUCAGUUCUUUAGAAAAUUCCCGUCGAAAGGGUUUAGUCCUGAUAUUGUUAGCUACAAUAUUCUAUUGGGCCCCUUGUGCUUUGAAGGGCGCUGGGAGGAGGCGUAUCAGCUUCUUGCUGACAUGGCUGGAGAAGAUAUUUCGCCAAAUAUAUUAACCUAUAAUAAUUUAAUCGGUUCGCUUGCCCUUCACGGACGGAUUAGUAAUGCCCUUGAUAUCUUGGAUGAAAUGCUUUCGAGGAAUAAUGUCAAGCCAACUGCUGCCAGUUACAACCCAAUAAUUGCCCGCCUCUGUAAAGAACAGAAGGUGAGUGCCGUGUGCGAGUGUCUUAACAAGAUGAUUAUUCAGCGGUGUGAUCCUGAUGAACGAACAUAUAAUGCCUUUGCUGUUCUUUAUGAGGAGGGGAUGGGGCAAGAGGCCUUCAGAAUUCUCGAAUUUUUGAGGGUCAAACAGAACCGCCCCUUUCAUGAUUUCUACAGAUCUGUGAUUUCUAGUUUUUGUAGGAAGGGAAAUACGUAUCCAGCAUUUCACCUUUUGUAUGAUCUGAUAAUGUCCGGAUUUACUCCAAACUCGAACAUCUAUUCAUCCCUGAUCAGAGGGUUGUGCGCCGAGGGAAUGCUGGAUACUGCCAUCGAGAUAAUCAAUAUUCUGGAGGCGAACUACUAUAGGCUAGAUGUUAAGAACUUCAACGCUCUAAUACUUGGGCUAUGCAAGUCUCAAAGAACAGAUUUGUCAUUGGCAAUUUACGAGGAGAUGAUCGAGAAAGGCUAUAUGCCUAAUGAGAUAACGUAUAUCAUUAUAGUUGAAGGGCUUGCCCAUGAAGAAGAACUGGAGCUGGCAGGUUUAGUUUUGAAAGAGUUGCGUAUGAGAGAAGCGAUCAGUAUGACUACAAUGCAGCGGUUUCUCAUGCAGUAUGAUCUCGAGGGCUUAUCAACAUAGCAAAGGUAUAUAGUCAACUUUGCGAUUCUUUGUGCUUAUGGACUAUGGUGAUCUUGUUGAAAAAUAUUGCUGUAAAAACACUUCUUUUUAUCACAAACACAAUCAGUUUUCUCUCUGGCUA